UCGAGAAAAGUGUCAUUGAUACAAACAGUGAUUACUUUUAUUUGUUUAUUAAAAUACAUAUUUAGUUCAAACACUUGCUUUGUUUUUUGUUAAACCUUUUAAAACUAAUGAACUUUAACCUACGGAAGAGGACGGAUCUAUUAUCACGUGAUUUCACGUCACGCACGCAUACAUACUAAUGGCCUCGCAUUUAAACAGACACUUCUUUCGAAAGGCGGCCAUUGAGCGACAGACUCUCAGUGCGUUUAGCAUAAUUUGUAAUAUUGGAUUUGUAGUGUGAUUUAUUCAAACAGAACUAAAGUUCGUUUACGACUGAUUGGCUCUGCUCGUGAACAAGUUGCGUUAGAUACGAACGUGUUUAACGAUUAAGUGGCUCUGUUCGUGAACAAGUUGCAGCAGGACAGGUCAAACUUUGUGACUCAAAAUGGCCAGUGUUGAGGAAACGACGACGGAAAUAUAUGCACGGUAUGCACGGAUUAAAGAAACGGGUCAAGCGAGAACAGAAGCGCUAGACCGGAUUAAAGAAACGGUUCAAGCGAGAACAGAAGCGCUAAACCGGAGUACAGAAGCGCUAAACCGGAGUACAGAAGCGCUAAACCGGAAAAGCGAAGAGCUACGACGGAAAAGCGAAGAGCUACGACGGAAAAGCGAAGAGCUAAUACGGAAAAGCGAAGAGCUACGACGAAAAAGCAAAGAGCUACCACGGGAUGCAGUUGACCUGCAACGAUUAAAAGAAGUUGUUCUGAGGGAUGCAGAUGACCUAAAACGAUUUGAAGAAGUUGUUCUGAGGGAUGCAGAUGACCUAAAACGGGAUGCAGAUGACCUAAAACGGGCUUUGGGCAUUCCAAUUGCACGGCAGGAAGAUCAGAUUAAAAAGCUGGUGGAUGAGAACUUGAGAUACAUGGUAUUUCGUCAGGUACAGGAAAUUACAAUAAGACAGCUUAAGCAGGAAAAUGAAAGAACCGAAGGAGUAGUCAAACGCCUACAGGAAAAACAGUCACAAAGUGAAGAAGAAGUCAAACGCCUCAAGGAAAAUCAGUCACAACAAAAAAAUACAAUAAGACAGCUUGAAGAGGAGAACGAAAGACAGGAAGUUGCAAUUAAACAGCUCGAACAUGGAAAAGGGAGGGCUGAAGAAGAAGUCAAACUCCUCACCGACAAACAAUCAGAAGCUACAGAAGAAGGUGAACGUCACAAGGAAAAACUGUUGCAGUUUAUAUUUCAAGCACAGGAAAUUACAAUCAGACAGCUCGUACAGGAGAAAGAAAGAACUGAAGAAGAAGUCAAACGCCUCAAGGAAAAUCAGUCACAACACACCAUUACAAUAAGACAGCUUGAAGAGAAAAACGAAAGACAAAACAUUACAAUAACACAGCUUGAAGAGAAGUACGAAAGACAGGAAUAUGCAAUUAAACAGUUCGAACAAGAAAAAGGGAGGAAAGGAACUAAUGUUCAGAUUCCUCCAGAAGAAGUAGAUGCGAUGCGCAUACCUGAACAGACUGAACGCUCAGGGAAAGGGAUUAUUGGGCAAGAGCCUGAGUGGAAUGUUGCGAUAGACACGGAAAACAUUGCGGGGAUAAAAAAGCUGGUUAAUGAUAAGAAGCCACCGCCUACAUAUAACACGUUUCGACGUGCGGUUCACAUCUUGCACGAUCGAACAGUACUUAUUAGUCUAUGUCGCUUGGUUUCGGAAGACAUCUUGACAUUAUUCGAUCGUACGAAAAUCAUAAAGGUGUAUGCAGCAACUACUGACAACAAGCUCGAUAUUACAUUCAUUGUAGUAUCACGUUGUUCAGUUCCAGUGCCAGCGUAUAACGGUUAUCCAGUGCUUGUGAAAAACAUAAGCAAUGCUGUUUUAGAAGACAAAGCGGUUGAUGACGCAGUAUUCCAAAUGAGCACGUCGGACAAAGAAAAACUUAGAAAGGUGAAACAAGAACUAAAAUCGAACUUGCCUACGCUUAGGUCAGCAAUAAAAGACGUGUCAGGUGAAUAUUCGGGGUGUCCAAAUAUUUCUCAAAUGACAUUCAGUACAGUCAAAGCCAGAAACUUUUCAUACAAAGAUAAAACAGUUUAUACUGUUGACUGCGAGCCGGCCUUAUGCAUUGUGAUUUAUGUAUACUUCAAGGGAUGGAUUCCUUUUGGAUGGGAAAGUUUCCCGGAUACAAUGGGAGGGUACCCGACUGAUGUUAGAGAGUUCUAUGAACUGAAGGUACAGGUGAUGACCGACCUCCAAUGCAGAACCUUUCCAUGCUAUGUUUACGAAAUUAAGGAAAUAACGACACAAGGCCUACUGAGACGACAAAGCGAUAUGUCUGAGUAUGGUCUUACAUGUGCUCAUUCGUUAGUAGCUUUGGAAAAAUACGGAUACAAAAGCAGUCUGUCUCUGGACGAAGACGAAGAUUAUGUUGCUUUAGACAAAGAAGAUUUGAAACAAAUGAUUCCGGAUAUAAAUGUUAGAGUUGAACGUUUAGCACAUGGAACUUUGAAGAAACCCGACGAAAACAUAGAGGCCUUUGUUGAUGUUGCAGCUGUGCUCAUUAACCCGCAAUCCGACCAUCUUACUGUGGGGUUAAGCAGGCUGAUACACAAAGCUUUCAAACACCGACAUGCACCACAGUUCCAUUACAGCGAAGCAGACGCUGUCGUUCAUGAAGGCGAUAUAGUGCUUAAAUUUGGAAACACAACCGAGCUUACAUUUGGUACGAUUAAAGAACAAGAAACCUUUUGUACCCGUACACCAGGCUUCAUACAUGUCUUAGGGGCAUACGACGAUGAAACAAAGACAACAAGAAAACCCUUCUCUGACAAUGGGGAUUCCGGUGCAUUGGUCUUUAAGGUAAAUCGAAGACUUUUAACAGAUGCUGUUCUUUCUACCAUGCCUUUAGACAUGAACACAGAAACCGAGUCCGAACAACUGAUUCCUAUCGGAAUGGUAUACGGCUCUCCAGUGGGGGAUGAAACUGUGACCUACUGCACGCAAAUGACACCAUGCCUUAAAGCUUUAGGCAAUGAAUACACAUUUCUUGAAAAUCAAGAAAUCUGACAAAAUAUUGAUUACGCGCGCGCGCGCGUGUGUGUGUGUUUGUGUGCGUUGUUUUUAUUUGUUUGCAUAUGAACAUUUGCAUAUUGUUACAAUUCUGAUCACAAUCAUACGAUAGAGAUUUCGACGAAUGUAAUCCAAAAACUAAGAGUAAACUAUACGACAACGUAUCAGGGAACAUAUCAAAAGGUAUAAUAUCAUGUAGAUUAUAAGAAAUAUGCUUUGAAAAUGAAGUACCUUUAUUCUUGUUAAUUACAUUAGCACCCGCGAUUUUUAUAGUUUAUCAUUAUAGUAAUUUCAAAUGCAGAUUAUUAUUUUUUAUUAUUUUUGCUAUAGCAUCAUUUGUAUAGUUAGUUCACACCAAAUUGAUUUUGUAACCUUUCGAAUUAACCUCAUCGAUUGAUUUCCACUUUAAAACAUCAUCAGGAUAGGGUGUAAGAUUAUGCUAUCGCAAAUAUUCGCAUAGAUACCACAAACAAACUAUGUAGAUGGAAUGUCCAUUUGGUAUAAGACAUUUUAGUCUUUUUGGAAAGGUUUAUUCGAAUGCCAGGUUACAUGAAAUCAUAAAUGGUAAAAUAACCUUUCGUGUUUUUUGUUGUUUUUUUUACCGCUCACUCCAGUUUGCUUUCACUUGUUUGUCCCAUUUUUUAACAGAAAAAUAUCCGAUGACAAAUUCGGUGUGACCUAAUAUGUAUGCAUUUAAAGUAAUAUCUUUUAAAAUGCACAGCUGAUGAAAGAACAUUAAUGUAUAUUAUUCAGACGCCGUGAUAUGUGUAACAGCAUACUAGUCCUGCAACCCUUAUGUGAAAAUAUUAAGUGUAAUUUAAUUUAGCCUUGGUUUAAACAACAUUUAUUUCAUAUAAGAACUUUCAGAAAAGACAUAAUGGUUAAAAUUUAGGAAACUUAGAGAGCUAACAUUUAUACCUCUCCCCUCAAUCCCCUUUUUACAGUAAAUGGGUAUCGUCAAUAUGAACACUAUUUUACUUCAUUUUACUAUCUGAAUUCCCUAGGAAAUUGCAAUCUUCAAUUUAUAACUUUUCCUUUUAAUUUGACUAUAAAAAGCAUUCUUCUUUCUGGGUCUACUGGUUGGAAAAAAUGUAGCACAAUAUUUGGCGCUAAUUAAACCCAACCUAGUUUCAAAACGAUAUUUGUAUUGCAAAAUAUUUGAACUCAUACGUUGUAUUCGUUUCGAUCAGUCAUUUGAUAAUGAAAGACACAAUCAGUUCAAAUACUUGCUUUUGAUACCUUUUAAAUCUAAUGAACUUUAAAACUACGAAUGAGGUGAAUGCUAUCAUAUUUAAAUUUGUCAAUUAAAUUAGUUUGUGCUUCUCAAAUGUACUUAACGGCAGCUUUUAUACAUUUUGCGUAUUUAACAAACAUAAAUAAGUUUGUUACCGUACAUAACAUUUUUUGUAAGUGUGGAUGCCAAAAGUUCCUUAUUUUCACAUUUAACGCUAAAUAUUCAUUUUAGAGCAUCCUGACCAUUAACGACAAUGCUAAAUAUUCCUUUCUUACCAAUGUAUCGUCAAUUCUCCAAAACAGAUUGCCAAAUCGAUCUUCAUUCAGAUAUUUCGACUUGAUAUACAACAAUUUUUCGCUAUGAUAUGUUGAGUUUUCCUUGCUUAAAACAUUGGAUUGGACAGUUUGCUUCCUUCGAAACACUGAAAUUGCAUAGCUCCAUUGCUGGCCUCUUAAAUUAUAAAUGAUAAUACAAACAAAUCGCAUUCUAUCACAGGUUGUUUUUUAGAAAAUAUAUGAUAACUAUGAUAUCAAUUUACUGUGUCUAUAUACGUAUGUCAUUACGUUUUUGAAGUGAGCAGUUGUGAAAAGAACAUAAAACACAGACAAUUUAAAAUAUUUAAUCAGACAUAUUUUUUCUGUAAUACAUUUUAGUUUUUCCACAAUUAUUAUUAAUGUUAUUUCUAUUUGUCAUAUUUAUUCCCAUAUAUUAUGUCCAUUGAAGCCGACGGGCUAAUUACAACCAAGCUUUAUUUGUUUGAAUCUUCAUGCAUUUUCACCGAUUAUAUAAUUGUAUAUAUUGUUAAAUUUAGUUACAUAACUUUGUUGACAAUAUGUUUCAAAAAAAUAUAAUAUUAAUAAAAAUGUACCAAAUAUGCAACUAACAUGAAUGUGUUUUGCAGUUAUUAUGUUAUGAAUUAUAAAUUAUAAUUGCUUUUGAUGCUGUAUGCAAAUUACUAUGCAAUGACGUAUAUUGCAUUUUGAUUGUGUUUGCAAGUUACCAUGUGAUAAUUUGCAUGUAUAUUUGAAUAUUUACAUUCGUGUAGCUUAAAUCGGACAUGUAUUUUGUAUAAUACGCAAGUUAUUAUGACGCCAUUGUUUAUUUCAAAAUUGAACUCCAAGUGGAUAAGCCCGACGCCAUUUAACCAAUGAUAUACGACGUGACAAAAUCAGCUAUUAUUUUAUACAAACGUAUCUUGUUUGCUAAAUAUCUUUAAAAACACAUGUUCACUUGCAGAUUAUACUGCUAAUGAAUAUAAUCACACUGCAUAUUUCUUUUAAAAUGUAAUUAUAAGUAUUAAUCGUAUUUUGUUCUUGCUUUUAUGCUGUAUGUACGUAGUAGGGCAAGCGAACAAAUGACCAAGAAGCGCUAGCUGGCAGCAUGGAAUUUGAUCGCCUGCCGUACUGCGUUCAUAAAUUGCGUUAAAUAUGUUUUCACGUUUUUAUCUGAUUAAUUAUAUUUGGUUUUGGUUUUGUUUGUAGUUUUUUGUAGGGAUUAGUUUUGCUUUUGAUUAAAUUUACAAAUUGAUAAGUAAGGAAUUAUACUUGUUACUGUGUUUACAUUGUUUAUGUGGUGCAUUAUAAUUGCUUUUUGAUACAAUGUUUUCAGGUUAUAAGUUAUUAUCUAUUUUGGUUAAGUUAACAAUUUAAUACGUGAUGAAAUAUGUUUCUAGCUAUGUUUACAGCUUUGUAUGUGAUGAAUUAUACUUGAUUUCUAUAUUAUACCUUUUUCAAAUGUGAUGAGUUCAUUAUGUAAAUAAACA